CUCGACACCACCAUGCGAUGAGAAUACCCCACACCACGACCCUCUCUCUCGUCUCGCAGCCAUGCCGUCUCUACUCCUCGUAGUAUUCACCUUGCAGCUGCUGCUCCACAUUAUCAACACGGUGGGCGCAAGCACAGUGAACGAGCUGCUAUGGAUCCUCUACAACAAGCUCCCAACGCCUACUUCUGGGUCUGCGAAGAAAGUGCAAGCUCUCAAGAAGGAGGUUGUACGCUUGAAGCGCGAACUAGGGAACACGUCACCACAAGACAACUUCUCGAAAUGGGCGAAGCUAGACAGGCAGCAUAACAAGGCUAUGGCUGAGUAUCAGAAACUAGAGGGCUCCCUCCGUACGCAUCAAGCAACCUUCACCUCGGCCGUUUCGACCCUCCGCUGGGUUGGCACACAAGGCUUGCGCUUCGUCCUACAAUUCUGGUUUGCCAAGUCGCCCAUGUUCUGGCUGCCUGCGGGCUGGGUACCAUAUUAUGUGGAGUGGAUCCUGAGUUUCCCGCGAGCGCCGCUAGGGAGCGUGAGCAUCAAUGUCUGGGGCGUUGCGUGCGCGAGCAUGAUUGCGCUGACAGCAGAGGCAUUGGCGGCGGCGUGGGUGCUUGUGACGAAGCAACCGAUGCCUGUAACAGCGGAGAAGCAGAGGGAGAAGGAGGACGCUAUGGCUUUCAAAGCAAACCAGAGACCCGCUGAGAAGAAAGAGCUGUAACAGCAGCGGCUGCACAUAUCACGAGUAGCAUAGAAAUAAAUAACACAUUGAAUCCCGUGCGACAUAGUCGAUUGAGAUUGGUGUGUAUGUCUCCCAACAGUAAGACGCAAAGUCGUCGUGGCUUUCGCUCAGACACUGCAACACGAGUGGGAUGACCUUGGCAGGUCGUAGGGCUUCUUCUAGGCUAC